CCAGAAAGUCACAUCGUGUCGUGGUUUAACAAGCUUUCACCUGUCAGAAUAUUCGAAAAUUGAUUAUUCAAAUUUUUCCCCAACCGGUGUUGCGCCUUCGGAUGCGCUACAGGCAGCGUUUUUAUUACUCCAACUUUAUGCACCGGUUGGAGGGCUGCUGUCGCCGUUAACCGGUCGCUGUCCCGGGGCUGCAGUCCAGUUCUCCGCCAGUAGCCUACAGGGACCCUGCAUAUCUGAGGCGAAGAUUGUCUGACACAAUGUACAAUCGCGUGUCUUAAUUUGGGGUCGUCGAUCGGAGAUCUACUCUCUGUCAAGUUGGGCAACUCGGGAUACUGACCGGCCGAUCUCUUCGCUCCAGGAAAAGCCUUGAACGAAGGUGCUGCUGUUUCACGAACUGUAUUGUUUCUGUCAGCAAGAAUAAGAAGAGAAAGUGGACUUUUUGUUUUUUUAUUGUGAACUUUAUCAUAAAGUCGACUAUUCAUGAUGAGCAAACCCGCCGGCUCAACAAGUGGUUGUCUGGAUAUCCUGAAUGUCAAAUCAAGUCGGAUUCUGGACAUCCCAUGCAAAGUGUGUGGCGACCGCAGCUCAGGUAAACACUAUGGUGUUUACGCCUGUGACGGCUGCUCAGGAUUCUUCAAGAGGAGCAUCCGCAGAAACAGGACCUACGUCUGUAAAUCUGGCUCUCAGGGUGGAUGUCCCGUCGACAAAACUCACAGAAACCAGUGCCGAGCGUGCCGUUUGAAAAAGUGUCUGGAAGUGAACAUGAAUAAAGACGCUGUUCAACACGAGAGGGGGCCCCGGACGUCCACCAUCCGCAAACAAGUCGCUUUAUAUUUCCGGGGCCACAAAGAGGUGAACGGUUCAUCAACCCAUUUCCCGGGAUCCUCUCUGCCCGGCCCGCCCUUUUUCACCACGGUCACGCAACUGGAGCCUCAUAACCUUGACAUGAGCGCGGUAGCCACCACACCGGAAAGACAGGCCAUCGUGGGUCUGGCACAGCCCACCCCUAAGUAUCCCCAUGAAGUCAGCGGCACCCCCAUGUACCUCUACGAGGUGGCGACAGAGUCUGUGUGCGAGUCUGCGGCGCGCCUCCUUUUCAUGAGCAUCAAGUGGGCAAAAAGUGUUCCCGCAUUCUCCACGCUCCCCUUAUCUGACCAGCUGAUUCUGUUGGAGGAUGCUUGGAGGGAGUUAUUUGUUCUGGGCAUCGCGCAGUGGGCCAUUCCUGUGGACUCCUCUACUCUUCUUGCCGUUUCUGGAAUGAACACUGAAAACACAGAGUCUCAGCGGAUGAAUAAAGUCAUGUCUGAGAUACAAGCACUUCAGGAGGUGGUCACCAGAUUCAGACAGAUGCGUCUUGAUGCAACAGAGUUUGCCUGUUUGAAAUGCAUUGUGACAUUCAAAGCCGUUCCCACACAUGGCAACACUGAGUUAAGAAAUUUCCGCAACGCCAGCGCCAUCGCUGCACUACAAGACGAGGCACAGCUCACUCUCAACAGUUACAUACACACCAGGUACCCGACUCAGCCCUGUCGCUUCGGGAAGUUGCUCCUGCUCCUGCCAGCGCUCCGCUCGGUCAACCCGUCCACCAUAGAGGAGGUAUUCUUCAAGAAGACCAUCGGCAACGUGCCCAUCACCAGGCUCCUCUCCGACAUGUACAAGUCCAGCGAUAUAUGAAUUCCUGCCAUCUGUCCAGGCGCACGGAAAAGACUUGAGCUGAAGACCUAGAGACUCAGACAGAAUGUCAAAUCACAGCAGGUGUAACCAUGGGCUGAAUUUCUGCUGAGUACAAAAUCUCUUUAGGCCUAGGCUCCACUGAAACAAAGACUGCAAAACAGCCAGACUUCACCAAGUAUCCUGUUAACAGUUGCUCUAGUUAAGGAUUAGCAUGUAACUUUCAUUAUAGAAUUACCUGUAAGAUACUGCAAUCUCUGGUGUGGGCGCAGACAGCCUACAAUGUUUAAAAAUUGCCUAAAGACUCUGUAAAGCACCUGCCGAGUGUGUCUGACGAAGAAAUGUUAUAUAUUUAGAAGUUUUUUUCGAGUGUCUAUGAGACCAAUGAGCUUGACGACCAAUUCAGUCUUUUAUUGCUGUGUUCAAUCCCAGUGGAGGAAACCAAAAAAAGAUGAUGCAUGCAUAAUGGGGGGGAUGAGAAUCGCUGUCCCUCGAUCUGGUGCUGAAACCAAACGCACGGGGCAAUGAAGAAGAGGCGUCAACACUAUGAAGAAUUGGGAAGGGGGUGGGAGGGCUUUUAAAGGAUAUGCUUGCAUUGCCUCCUGACUGUAAAACUACAUUCAUCUGAAGAUGGCAUUUGUAUUUAAGUGGUUACUGUCCUGUUUGUGUCUGUGUGUCCUAUAUAAGGCGCGGCAUUAAAAAUGUUUAGGUCAACUUUGUGAAGUUAGACACUAACACUGGAUAAAAUAAUAUUCAGCACUUGGAAAUGUUUUUGUGGGGCUGUGAUGUUAUAUAUUUGGAGUUAUAACUAUUUAGAGUUGUAACCAAGAGAAUAAAAGACACAGAAUUAAACGGUUUUCAAAUAACCUAGUUAUAAAA